GGAGAGCGGGGCCGGGCCGGGGCCGGCGCCGCCGUCAGUGCGGGCAGCGGCAGCGCCAUGGCGGAGGCGCGGGACGGGCCCGGGCGGCGCGGGAAGAGGGACGAGGCCGGGGCGGAGGAGCCGGCGGAGGCGGAGCGGGCCGGGCGGCGGCGGCGGAGCUUCCAGCCGGCGACAGAGCCCCGGGGAACCACCGUCCUGCACGACACCGUCAGCACCCGCCCGCAGCCCCUGCCAGCGAGGUACUUCGACACCAAGACGACAGAGCCCAUCAGCUUCUUCUUGUCCAGCCUGGAGGAGCUGCUGUCCUGGCAGCCCGACGGCAAUGACGAAUUCAACGUCUCCGCUGUGCCGCUGGCGAAGCGCCAGCCCCCGCUCCACAGCAAGAGGCCCCGGACGCUGGUGUGCCAUGACAUGCGCGGCGGGUACCUGGAGGACAGGUUCAUCCAGGGCUCAGCCACACGCAACCCCUACGUCUUCUACCACUGGCGGUACAUCGACAUCUUCGUCUACUUCAGUCACCACACCGUCACCAUCCCGCCCGUGUGCUGGACCAACGCGGCACACAGGAACGGCGUUCCCGUGCUGGGCACGUUCAUCACGGAGUGGACGGACGGGGAGCGGCUGUGCGAGGCGUUCCUGGCGGGCGGGGAGGAGGCGUUCCGCGCCGUGGGCGAGCAGCUGGCCCGCAUCGCGCAGCACUACGGCUUCGACGGCUGGCUGGUCAACCUGGAGAACACACUGAGCGCGGCGGCGGUGAGGAACCUGCCCCCCUUCCUGCGGCACCUGACAGCGCAGGUGCACGGCACUGUGCCCGGCGGGCUGGUGAUCUGGUAUGACAGCAUCCUGCAGAGCGGCACGCUGAAAUGGCAGAACGAGCUGAACGAGGAGAACAGGGUGUUUUUUGAUGCCUGUGACGGGCUGUUCACCAACUACAACUGGAAGGAGGAACACCUGGAGCGCACGCGUGCGCUGGCCGGGCCACGCACCACUGAUGUCUAUGUUGGCGUCGAUGUCUUUGCCCGCGGGGAUGUGAUCGGUGGUGGCUUUGACACUAACAAGUCCCUGCGCCUGAUCCGCCAGCACGGCCUCUCUGCAGCCAUCUUCGCUCCCGGCUGGGUCUACGAGCACCUGGGGGAGGAAAACUUCCUGCACAACGAGAACAAGUUCUGGGCCUCGCUGGCCGAGUACCUGCCCACGCACAGCAUCUGUACGCUGCCGCUCGCCACCUCCUUCAGCCUGGGCAUGGGCACCAGCAGGUUCCUGGCCGGGAAGGAGGAAGAGGCCGGUCCCUGGUAUGACCUGAGCGCGCAGGAGAUCCAGCCUCUCUACCCGGAGUGCGAGGGCAAGCUGAGCACCAGUUGCUGCCUGCAGGACGCCUGGAGCGGGGGCAGCUCCCUGAGGGUGCAGGGGACCAUCCCCGCCGGCGAGGAGCGCGUGGCCAUCCGCCUUUUCUCUUUGCAGAUGCCAGCACCCCCCAAGGUCUUCUUGACCCUGCUCUACAAGUUGGAGGGGUCACACCCUGAUGGGUUCGCAGUUUCGCUGGAGCUCACCACCUCGAACUCGGGUACCUGCUACGAGGGCAAUGUCACCUCCCUGCCUGAGCCCAACGCUCGGCACCAUCCUCGGUUCCUCCCGGCACCACCACCCAGCCUCGCCAAGCUGCUUGCUGCCUGUGACCGCGGUUCCCACGGCUGGACCAGCCGGUGCUACGAGCUGGAGCUGCAGGACUGCAGCCUGCGAGACCUGUCCCUGCUCGUGUCCCGCCAGCAGCCGGGCCCGCAGGAGCUGCCCUUCACCUGCCUCCUCGGGGAGGUCCGGGUGCUGGACGCGGCCAGCGCGGCGGCCGCCCCGCCGCAGGUGCAGAGCCUGGCGGCCUCGCAGCUCUGGUGGCAGGAGGGCCCCGGGCCCGAGCAGCUCUCGCUCAGCCUCACGCUGCGCUGGACCUUCCCCCCCGGCCGCGCCGGCGGCUUCCGCGUGUUCAGCCUGGGCGGCCGCUGCCCCCGCGGCCAGAGCGCCCCGCGGCCGCUGGGGCUGGCGCACCGGUGCCGGUUCCGCGCCGUGGGGCUGCCGGUGCCGCGCCCGCCGCCCGGCCAGUCCUGCCGCCUGGAGCUGCUGGUGGAGCCGCUGCUGCGCGACGAGCUGCCCGCGGACCCGGAGCGCUGGGGGCGGCUGGUGCUGGUGUACUCCGCCCCGGGCGGCCCCAGCUGAGCCGCAUUAAAGCGAUCGCGCUGCA